AUGUGUAUGAAUGGUUGGCUUAUACCACAAGGUUAUCUGAGUGAGAAAUCCCAGCAUUCCAAUUCAGACAAGAUUAAACCACCACUGGAAGAAGAAGUUGCACUCCGUAAUAUAUCAGUUCCUUUAAACACGGAGACCUUACAAAAUGAAUUAAAGGAGUCAAGGUGCUUACAUUAUCCAGGAAUUUUAAAACUGUUAGAUGAAGCAAGACUGUAUAAAGCGCUUUAUAUCCAUCUUAUCUCGCUUUCCUCGGAUGAAAACUACGCAGCAAAACCCGCAUUUUAUUUUGACACUAACUUUACCACUGAAGUAAUACAUCUGUUGGACAGAAAAUGUGAGGAAGAUCAAAGCAAGUUGUUUGUUACGAAUACAAUUCAAAGUUUGGACAGCAAAAUAUACCAAAAGCUUUUUGAUCAUUCUUUAAAACAGUAUAACCGAACUUUAGAAUUAUUACAAUCGUAUACGGAUAACUUGCAAGAAAUAAUGAUUCGAUUCGAAAUGUUAAAUUUCUGUUUAGAAGUUAAUCAGUUGAAAAGAGCUACACACCAAGCCUUAUCGAUCCUUGAUAUUCUAUUCGAUCAAAAGACCACGAUUGAAAAUUUUGAUGCUUCACUUAGUUAUAAUAUGAAUGACUGUAUAGGGAAUGAUGAUAUGGAAAAUACAGUGAGUAAACACUCUUCCAGAAUCAUUCAGAAAUUUGGUAUCACUGGGUGCCUGAUUGGUGCUCUAGUAAUAGGAAUAUUGAGCCAACAUCAUCUUGUUUCUGAAGAUCAGUGCUGCAGAAGUCGUAGAAUUAGCGUGAUUUUAUUUAAAUCAAUAUUACAUGCCAGUUUACCUUGCGCAACAUCUGAUUUCACUUACUGUUACAAGCACAUACCCAGCCAGUCACUGAAGAUAUUAAAUUUGCAGAAGAUAUUAACAGAAUACUGUUUUAGUCCAAAUAUUGUUAUCAAAGUCAUGGGUGAAACAAUAAAGCAUUUAGUAGAUUACGAGAACUAUAUACAAGCAUUUCCUAUCAUUUACUUGAUGUAUUAUAUCAGUAAAUAUUUAUUACAAGAUUUACAACUUGAGAUAAAGUCAAAACUACUGCGAAUUAAAUGUCUCAUUGGUAUUGGUGCAUUGAAACAAGCGCUAACUGAAAUAUGCGCUAUUCUACAAGAACAAAGUGAUGACAGUAAUACACAAGAAUGUCAAAUCUCUUUAAUUAAUUUUGAUGACGCCAAAAUGCAAGAUAAUUUAAAUAUUCUUUUGACACACAGAUUGUCGAAUGAGACAAGUGAGAAAUGGGGUGCCCUGUUGUUUUGUGAAGUUCAACUGGUUCGUGCACUGGUCUGUUAUGAAAUCGCUCAAUCUAUAUCAUAUUUACCAAAGAAAAUUCCAAAUGAAAUUCAAAAUCUGUCCUACAAUCCUGUUGGCAAUCAAAUGACAAAAUCAAGUGGUCGGAAAACUAAGACUACAGCCCCUCAAAAGUUUGUUCAUUUUAUCUAUGAGACAGAGGUUAACGAUCAAAAAAAUCAUUCCAAUUUUCAGUCAUAUGUCAAAGAGUUACUUUUCAUUUGUGCAUCUGACAUUUGUCAAAUACUAACUAACAGUAUUCAUGAUAACUGUUUUCGAAGUAUGGAUUGUCCAUUUCUUUCAUUAUGUUGUGAAGCAAGUUUUCUACUUGCUAAAUUAUUGAGGUCAAGACAUCAAGCACGUUCAGGAUCACUGCUUAUGGCUUAUACAUUAUAUUCUAUUCAGAAAUUAUUUAGUCCUCUCGAUAAUAGUGAUAUUCGUAAAAUAUCGUGUCAUUCAGAAAGUCUGACAGAGAAGAUACCGAGCGAAAGAGAAAUUGCUAAACUUUGGUUACAAUGCCGAGGUGAAUUAGCUCGAUGUCAAAUGUGCGAAGUCGACACAGGAAGAUUACUUACAGAACUCCCUGAAACUGAAAAUGCCGAAAUACCUAAUGAAUACGAUAAUCUGAAUAAGGCAUUCGAAGAAUUGGAGACUAAAAUGUAUAAGCAUUGUUGGAAUGAAUUUAGCUUAUUAAAAUGUCAGUUAGUAUUCAUGCGAAGUGGAACGUUGAACAAGGGAAGCAGAAAUAUGCUGUUAGGUGAUUACGAUCUUUCACUGAACUUAAAUGACUUACAUAUCUAUGGGAUUCUGCUCAAAAAUGACUUAAUUAUACAAGAAAAUUUCCAGUCAAACAUGUUACUGAAGAGCAGUACUCUGUACUGUGUUUUUGAUGAGAGACUAAAUAUACUUUUGGACUUACAAGAAAUAUUGAUUGAAAAGUUACGAAAAUGUGGAGAAAACAUCUGUCGAAAAUCAAUGCUUCAGUUUAACGUGUCACAAGUCAGACUGCCUCUUUGUAAAAUUUGGAAACACUUUAUUCAAGUUGGCCUGAGAAUAGCAAUGAUUCUCUUAUCUUUCGGUGAUAUGAAAUACUUUCAUCCGACGCGUUUAGAAGCAAGUUCUGCAAAAUAUGAAAAGUUUGAUAAUUCCAGAGCAUUAUGUCUAUUACAGUCUAGUUCUGUUGAAAUUUACGAGGAAGCUCAUACACUUCUCUGUUGUAUACAAAAUAUAACCGAAAAACUUCCAUCGAACAAUCCAUGCAUGGAAAGUGAAAUUUUAUUCAUUAAAGGUCAUUUGGAGAUGAGACUAUAUUUGGAGAAUAAAAUCGACUGGAAGAUGCCUUCAGAAUCAUGGACGCGUUCUGUUUGCAUUUCUGCCUAUGUUACUGGUGAUAAAUUCUUUCAACACCGAGUUCAAAAUGUGCUUGCUUAUUUUUGGCAGUUGGUAGUUAUCAAAAGUGGACGUCAAAAUUUAAAUCUCGUAGAUGGACAACAAGCAGCAGACAAUAAAGUAAAAUCCUUUCACUUGAAGAAACAAAUUCAACCAAUAGUAUCAGCUGAUAAGCUCAAAGCAAAUGGCUCAACAGACUCAUUCGCUAUAUCCGUAAAUGCAUCAAUCUGGAACUCAGCGAAUAUGGUGCAUUUUUCUUAUCUGAUAGCAGACAUAUCUGUUUAUCAUCAUCUGCUGCCAAAUCUACAGACGCAUAUCGAUCUACAGGACGAAAUAUUAGGAAGAAAUCCAUCACUUCAAAAAUACCUAAAGCUGAAAUACAACCGGGUUGCACAGUAG